AUGGCCCUCCCACGCAUCACAGUCCUCGGCUCCCUCAACAUCGAUGUAGUCUCCUACGUCCCUCACCAUCCCCUCCCGGGCGAGACCCUCACGGCCAACCACUUCAACACCUCGCCCGGCGGCAAGGGCGCCAACCAGGCCGUCGCCUGCGCCAAGCUCUCCCGCACAUCCACGCUCGCCAGUCCAUCUGCCCACGUCUCCAUGAUCGGCGCCGUCGGCCGCGACGCCUUUGGCCCCAUCCUCACAGACUCCCUUACCUCCUAUGGCGUCGAUGUGGCGGGCGUCGCCCAGCUCGAGGGCGCCAAGACGGGCGUGGCCGUCAUCGUCGUCGACGAGCCCACCGGCCAGAAUCGCAUCAUGCUCUCCCCCGAGGCCAACUACUCCCUCCAGCCGGAGCAAUUUGCGAGCCUCCCCGAGCCACGACCGGAUCUCCUCAUCAUGCAGCUGGAGAUCCCCCUGCCCACGGUCCUGCAGGCCCUGGACGCCGCGAGGAAGGCCGGUGUCCCCGUCCUUCUUAACCCAGCACCUGCUGUUGAGCUCCCCGCCUCCGCCUACAAUGGCCUGGCACAUCUACUUGUUAAUGAGACCGAGGCCGCCCUUCUCUCGGGCAUCUCCGAGUCUGAGCUUGAAUCCGACGCUGGCCUCGAGGCCGCAGGCAACCUGUUCAUCCAAAGGGGUGUUCAGAAUGUGAUCAUCACUCUGGGCGGUCGUGGCGUCUACUAUGUGACCAAGGCUGGUCAACGCGCCCUGGUUCCCGCGCUCAAGACCACCGUCGUGGAUACGACGGCGGCAGGUGAUACCUUUGCUGGGUCGUACGCCUUGGCUGUGGUGCGGGAAGGCUUCGACAUUGAGACGGCCGUCAGGAAUGCCAAUGUUGCAGCAGCCAAGACAGUUGCCAAGAGAGGCGCCCAAGUGUCUAUUCCCUGGAAGGAUGAGCUAGAAUAG